GGUUGUUCUGUGCGCCGUUUGUAAUUUUUCGUACAAUUUCUGGAACUACACUCUCGGUGAACUUUUGGAGUUACUUCCGCUCAACUUUUGGAGAACUUUCUGUGAAGGUUAACUCUAAGUCUGCCUACCUUCCUGGCCUGUGUCUGCCCGGCCUGUGUCUGCCCGGCCUGUGUCUGCCCAGCCUGUGUCUGCUUAGCUGCCCGGCCUGUGUCUGCCCAGCCUGUGUUUGCUUAGCUGCCCGGCCUGUGUAAUCCACUGCAGGAAAUGCCGAUCAUUACUAGAUCACCAAAAGGAUCGUAUUAGUGAAUGUUUCAAGGUCCCUUUCAGAAAGUCCUAAAACGCAUGUCUGGCUGACAGUGUGAAGUUUAACUUGUACUUGGUUAGCCGUUACUGCCAACCUUCCCAGCCUGUGUCUGCCCAGCUGCCCGACUGCCCAGCUUGUGUCUUCCAGGCCUUUCUGGCCUGUGUCUGCCCAACUGCCCAGCUUGUGUCUGCCUACCUUCCUGGCCUGUGUCUGCCCGGCCUGUGUCUGCCCGGCCUGUGUCUGCCCAGCCAGGGUCUGCUUAGCUGCCCGGCCUGUGUCUGCCCAGCCUGUGUUUGCUUAGCUGCCCGGCCUGUGUUUGCUUAGCUGCCCGGCCUGUAUCUGCCCAGCUGCCCGGCCUGUGUCUGCCCAGCUGACCAACUGCCCAGCUUGUGUCUGCCUACCUUCCUGGCCUGUGUCUGCCCGGCCUGUGUCUGCUUAGCUGCCCGGCCUGUGUCUGCCCAGCCUGUGUCUGCUCAGCUGCCCGGCUUGUGUCUGCCCAGCUGCCCGGCCUGUGUGUGCCCGAUUGCGAAAACCAUCGAUUGCAAAAAUCAGUUCUUUUCUCUCUUUUUGGAGAAUAUGGCGUCUAACUGUGCCAGUUAUACGCCAUGCAACAUUGAUGUUUCCGAACUAACAGCGACAGAAUUGGAAUCGUUUCUGCUCUCCAUCAGCUUUGAUCCAAGCAUUGCUGCAAAACUGAAAGGUACGGUAGAGAUUUUUCGCGAUUUUCUCCUGGCCUUUCCGAAAGCGGGACACUUUGAAGAAACUUUUGUUUGGGGGUACGGACCAUUGAUAAAUAAGUGUGCAGGAAGAUCAAACACUCCAAUUCCAGACACAGAUGACGAAUGCCUACAACUUUUAGUUUUGUUACUGCGGCUGAUUCCGUCUCUGAAAAAAAUACGUGUUGUUAGCCAGAAAUCAAUUAUUGAACGAGUUGUUUACUUCAUAAAGGCCAACGACGACAUUUUGUCAAUCAUUGAAGAGAAGCCGCACCUCAAGGAGUCACCCUUUUUGUGCUGCGUAGGAUCGGUUAAGAAUCCGGUUUGUUUCAACAUUGUUUGUGAAGGAGAAGUCAUCUCAAGCGGAACAAGUUCCAUCACAGCUUUCAAAAACCUUUAUGCGUCGUUCCACAUGUUUCGCAUUAAAUACCCUCAACUUCUCAGCACAUUUUAUUAUUUUUUUGACAGCUACGUAUUUAAUGUCCACUCUGGUAAAGUGCGCCCCUCUGUUGCUGAUUUUUUCACGCAGCUAAAUUCAUAGCAGCCAAAAGUUGUUCUCCUAAUUUGCUCAAUAUUAAGAAAUGACCUUUGUUCGUUUCCCUAUGUCAUGUUUAACAAUUAAAUCUAGCAAUGUUAAUCGUUGUGUCAAACUGUUUCUCGCUGUUUGUACCCGUUUAUCCUACCUUACAUGUAGGUACCAGGAAAUUUUAGUUGUGAUAUGCCCAAAUACAGAAAGCAAUGUGCUAAUU